AGCGACGUUGCCACUCAUAGCAGCAUGUGUAUGAACACGUCAUGUAGUGAUGUGAGCGCUGCUAUGCAGCAUACCUUCAAUUUACGUCCCCACCAUUAGCUUCGUAUGAAGAGGAAGGAAGAUGGCCGCGAGGAGCGAGAAAGAAAACAAUCUCGAAGAGCGUUAAAGGUGGUAGAAGAACACCGUGCCUCGAAGGAGAACGAACUACGAAUCGUUCGAAUCUCUCCAACCUCAGAUUAUUCGAACCACCGCCGAGAAACAGACACUCGAAAACGACGGGAAAACGGUUGUUGAAUAGUUACAUGUGUGUCCUUGUCACGAAGAGGUCAGUCUCGCGAGGAUCGUCCUUGGAAUCGCUCGUCCCUGAAGCCGGCUCGAGGAGCUAGUGAUCUCGAAAACAAAAAUGGCGGACGUCGACUCGAGGGUGGAUCAUUCGGACCCCGAAUUGCGGUUCCUUUCCGUUGACAGAAACAAUUUCAAUGAUCCUGCUACUCAGGCGGAAUGGACUCAGAAAAAGUUGGUUUGGGUGCCCCACGACACCCAGGGUUUCGUGGCAGCCGGGAUAAAGGGUGAACGGGGUGACGAAGUCGAAGUGGAGAUUGCCGAAACUGGGAAACGUGUCCUCGUCGCGAAAGAUGAUAUUCAGAAAAUGAAUCCACCGAAAUUCGAUAAAGUUGAAGACAUGGCUGAGUUAACGUGCUUAAACGAAGCCUCCGUGCUGCAUAACCUCAAAGACAGAUACUACUCCGGCCUCAUUUACACGUAUUCAGGCCUGUUCUGUGUGGUGGUGAAUCCAUACAAGAGGCUGUCAAUUUACACGGAAAAAAUAAUGGAGAGGUACAAGGGUAUCAAGAGACACGAGGUUCCACCCCACGUUUUCGCCAUCACAGACACCGCAUACCGUUCUAUGCUUCAAGACCGUGAGGAUCAAUCGAUUUUAUGCACUGGCGAGUCCGGUGCGGGUAAAACUGAAAACACGAAAAAAGUGAUCCAAUAUUUGGCGUACGUCGCUGCUUCGAAGCCAAAAUCCAACGCUACACCGAGUCCGGCAUUAAUCAUAGGUUCCGGAAACGUUUCGGAUAAAUUUGCGGGCGAAUUGGAGCAGCAACUUCUACAGGCCAAUCCCAUCCUAGAAGCUUUCGGAAACGCCAAAACCGUGAAAAACGACAACUCUUCCCGAUUCGGUAAAUUCAUCAGGAUAAACUUCGAUGCUUCCGGGUACAUUGCCGGUGCGAACAUAGAAACUUAUCUCCUGGAAAAAUCGAGAGCAAUUCGGCAAGCAAAGGACGAAAGGACUUUCCAUAUAUUCUAUCAGCUACUCGCCGGUGCUUCACCAGAACAAAAAAAGGAAUUUAUUUUAGAGGACCCAAAACACUAUCCAUUCCUUUCAAAUGGCGCAUUACCAGUUCCGGGUGUGGACGAUUCAGCCGAGUUCUUCUCAACCGUGAAGUCCAUGCACAUCAUGGGCAUGACAAACGAAGACUUCUCAUCGAUAUUCCGUAUCGUGUCAGCGGUAAUGUUGUUCGGAUCGAUGCAGUUCCGUCAGGAAAGAAAUUCCGAUCAAGCUACGUUACCUGACAAUACUGUAGCCCAGAAAAUUUCUCACUUGUUGGGUUUGAGCGUUACGGAAAUGACGAAAGCUUUUCUAAAACCAAGAAUCAAGGUAGGCAGAGACUUUGUGACGAAAGCACAGACAAAGGAACAAGUUGAAUUUGCGGUGGAGGCAAUCUCAAAGGCUUGUUAUGAGAGAAUGUUCAGGUGGCUUGUGAACAGAAUUAAUAGAUCCUUGGAUCGGACAAAGAGGCAAGGAGCUAGUUUUAUUGGUAUACUGGAUAUGGCUGGUUUUGAAAUAUUUGAAUUAAACAGCUUUGAACAACUGUGCAUCAAUUACACGAAUGAGAAAUUGCAACAAUUAUUUAACCAUACUAUGUUCAUUCUGGAACAAGAAGAGUAUCAAAGAGAGGGAAUCGAAUGGAAGUUCAUCGACUUCGGAUUGGACCUGCAACCAACUAUUGAUCUGAUUGACAAACCUAUGGGUAUCAUGGCAUUAUUGGAUGAGGAAUGUUGGUUCCCGAAGGCUACGGACAAAACAUUUGUCGAAAAAUUAGUUGGUGCUCAUAGUGUACAUCCCAAAUUUAUGAAGACAGACUUCAGAGGCGUUGCAGACUUUGCUAUCAUACAUUACGCUGGAAAGGUUGAUUAUUCAGCUGCCAAAUGGUUAAUGAAAAAUAUGGAUCCUCUGAACGAAAAUGUUGUUAGUCUCUUACAAAAUUCACAAGAUCCUUUUGUCUGUCACAUUUGGAAAGAUGCAGAAAUUGUUGGAAUGGCCCAACAAGCGUUAACCGACACACAAUUUGGCGCAAGAACAAGAAAAGGAAUGUUUAGAACAGUUUCUCAGCUAUACAAAGAGCAAUUGGCAAAAUUAAUGGUUACACUGAGAAAUACUAAUCCCAAUUUUGUAAGAUGUAUUAUACCGAAUCAUGAGAAAAGGGCUGGAAAAAUUGACGCGCCAUUGGUCUUAGAUCAGUUAAGGUGCAACGGAGUAUUAGAAGGAAUUAGAAUUUGCCGUCAAGGAUUUCCGAAUAGAAUACCCUUUCAAGAAUUUAGACAAAGAUACGAGCUUUUGACACCCAAUGCAAUUCCCAAAGGAUUCAUGGACGGAAAGAAGGCAUGCGAGAAAAUGAUUCAAGCACUUGAACUCGAUCCCAAUCUCUAUCGGGUUGGUCAAUCAAAAAUUUUCUUCCGCGCUGGAGUCUUAGCACAUCUCGAAGAAGAGCGUGAUUACAAAAUCACUGAUAUAAUUGUCAACUUCCAAGCGUUUUGUCGUGGUUUCCUUGCCCGUAGAAAUUAUCAGAAACGUCUGCAACAAUUAAACGCAAUAAGAAUCAUUCAAAGAAAUUGUGCUGCUUACUUAAAACUCAGAAAUUGGCAGUGGUGGCGUUUGUAUACUAAAGUGAAGCCACUGUUAGAAGUUACCAAACAAGAAGAGAAAUUGACUCAAAAGGAGGAUGAGUUAAAGCAAGUUCGAGACAAGUUAGAAUCGCAGCUGCAUUCUGCACAAGAAUACGAAAGAAAGUAUCAACAAGCUAUCGAAGAGAAAACCAUGUUGGCGGAGCAAUUGCAGGCAGAAGUUGAAUUAUGCGCAGAAGCAGAAGAGAUGAGAGCGAGACUAGCCGCAAGAAAACAAGAAUUGGAGGAGAUUCUUCAUGAUUUGGAAGCAAGAAUUGAAGAAGAAGAAGAGAGAAGUGCCGCAUUAACUCAAGAAAAAAAGAAACUGCAAUUGAACAUAAGCGACCUCGAGGAACAGCUGGAAGAGGAAGAGGCUGCCAGGCAGAAAUUGCAAUUAGAAAAAGUACAAUGUGAUGCAAAAAUUAAAAAGCUCGAAGAAGAUCUUGCCCUUUCUGAUGAUACGAAUCAAAAAUUAUUGAAAGAAAAGAAAAUUCUUGAAGAAAGAUCAAACGAUUUGUCGCAGACUCUUGCUGAGGAAGAAGAAAAAGCGAAGCAUUUAUCAAAAUUGAAAGCUAAACACGAAGCAACAAUUGCAGAUUUAGAGGAAAGGUUAUUGAAAGAUCACCAACAAAGACAAGAAGUUGAUAGAUCAAAGAGGAAAAUAGAAACAGAGGUAUCGGACUUAAAGGACCAACUUGCAGAAAGGAAGACACAGGUAGAGGAGCUUCAGUUGCAACUUGGAAAACGCGAAGAAGAAUUAAAUCAAGUAAUGGCGAAGAUGGAUGAAGAAGGAGCAGCAAAAGCCCAAGCUCAGAAGGCUCUCCGCGAGUUAGAGUCUCAGUUAGCUGAACUUCAAGAAGACUUGGAAGCUGAAAAAGCUGCCAGAAGCAAAGCAGAGAAGUUAAAACGUGAUCUAAAUGAGGAAUUGGAAGCUUUGAAGAACGAGUUAUUAGAUUCUUUAGACACAACAGCCGCCCAACAGGAAUUAAGAAGCAAACGGGAACAGGAGUUGGCAACAUUGAAAAAGAACCUAGAAGAAGAGACGUCAAUGCACGAGGCAACGUUGGCGGAUAUGCGUCAUAAACAUACUCAGGAAUUAACAGCUCUAAACGAACAAAUGGAUGCACUGAAAAAGACUAAAGCCGUCUUAGAGAAGGCAAAGGGUACUCUUGAAGCUGAAAAUGCUGAUUUGGCGUCGGAGCUUAGAUCUGUUAGCGCCAGCAGGCAAGAGUCCGAUAGAAGAAGAAAACAAGCCGAACAACAGCUUGCCGAAGUGAAUGCAAAGCUCGCUGAAGUUGAAAGAAAUAGACAAGAAUUAGUGGAAAGAGUUACAAAAUUACAACAAGAAUCUGAAAGUGUCAUGCAACAACUGGAAGCUGCGGAAUUAAAGGCUUCGGCAGCCUUAAAGGCUUCAGCAACAUCUGAAUCCCAGUUUACAGAACUUCAACAGCAGUUGGAGGAAGAAACCAGGCAAAAAUUAGCUCUGAGUUCGAAAUUACGAGCAUUAGAGAGCGAAAAGGACAGCCUGCAUGAUCAAUUAGAGGAGGAAGAGGAAGCGAAGAGAGCCUUAGAUAAACAGGUACUGGGAUUGAACAUCCAAUUGGCUGAAGCUAAAAAGAAGGCAGAAGACGAAGCAGAAGCUGCUGUGGCAUUAGAGGAAGCUAGAAAGAGAUGUAUUAAAGAUAUGGAAGCAAUUCAAAGACAGGUGGAAGAAUUGCAGACUGCUAAUGAUAAAUUGGAUAAGUCGAAAAAGAAAAUUCAAGCGGAACUGGAGGAUAGUAUUAUUGAGCUCGAAGCGCAACGAGCUAAGGUGCUCGAACUAGAGAAAAAGCAGAAGAAUUUCGACAAGGUGCUAGCUGAAGAAAAAGCGGUCUCUGAACAAUAUGCCGAGCAACGCGACGCUGCUGAACGCGAAGCUCGCGAAAAAGAGACUCGAGUCCUAUCUUUGACGCGUGAACUCGAUGAAAUGAACGAGAAAGUCGAAGAACUGGAACGUGUACGGCGAGGUCUUCAGUCUGAACUCGACGAACUCGUGAAUAAUCAAGGAACAGCAGACAAAAACGUGCACGAACUUGAAAAGGCAAAACGUGCCCUUGAAUCUCAAUUGGCUGAGCAACGUUCUCAAGUAGAGGAACUUGAAGAUGAGUUACAAUUCACUGAGGAUGCGAAAUUGCGAUUGGAAGUAAAUAUGCAAGCUUUAAGAGCUCAAUUCGAACGAGAUUUACAAGCCAAAGAAGAACAGGCUGAGGAGAAACGUAGGGGUUUGGUGAAACAGUUGCGUGACCUUGAAGCAGAGCUAGAGGAUGAAAGGAAACAAAGGGCUGCCGCCAUUGCCCAACGCAAGAAAAUGGAAGCAGAUUACAAAGAUAUUGAACAGCAACUGGAGAUGCAUAACAAAGUGAAAGAGGACGCAUUGAAACAACUGAAGAAACUGCAGGUACAGAUAAAAGAUAGCACUAGAGAAACCGAAGAGGCCAGAGCCGCUAGAGAUGAACUGGCAGCAAGUUCCAAAGAAACUGAACGGAAAGUGAAAAGUUUAGAGGCAGACUUGAUGCAGUUAACAGAAGAUUUCGCCAGCAGUGAACGAGCUAGAAGAACCGCUGAGAACGAAAGAGACGAAUUACAGGAGGAAUUGAAUAACAAUGCUAACAAGGGCACCCUGAUGCUUGAUGAAAAACGAAGACUUGAAGCAAGAAUUGCAACAUUGGAAGAGGAAUUGGAAGAGGAACAGUCGAACGGUGAAUUGGUGAUGGAUAGAGCCAGAAAGGCUCAGAUAACAAUUGAGCAACUGACAAACGAUUUGACGACCGAAAGAUCGACUACACAGAAGUUAGAAUCGCACAAAUUACUGUUGGAGAGACAAAAUAAGGAACUUAAAGCAAAAUUAACGGAAUUGGAGACUGCACAGAGGGCAAAGACUAAAGCUACCAUCCAACAGUUGGAGUCCAAGAUUAAUAAUCUUGACGAGCAGUUGGAAACUGAGGCAAAAGAAAGAUUUGCGCAGCAAAAGAUAAACAGAAAGUUAGAAAAGAAGUUGAAGGAAUUGAGCUUACAAUUGGAAGAUGAGAGGAGAAAUUCGGACCAAUACAAGGAACAAGCAGAAAAGGUAAAUGCAAGAAUGAAGGCAUUAAAGAGACAGCUGGAUGAGGCUGAGGAGGAAAUUAGCAGGCAUAAAGCGAUGAAGAGGAAAGCACAGAGGGAAUACGAUGAUAUGCUAGAAUCUCAGGAAGAACUGACCAGAGAGGUGGCAAACCUUAAAAAUAAAUUAAGACGAGGCGGACCUCCGAUAAGCCUCAGUUCGACGCGUCUGAAACGUGGUUCUGUUCAGACCGGUGGCUCUGGGGAUGAUUCGACAACACAGGACGAAAGCAUUGAUGGUGAGGAAACUGUCAACUGAACGGCAGAACGGAAAGAUUACUUAAUGAACCCUCACAACGCAGGAAACCCAUAGAAAACCACAAGUCCAAAAGGUGCGCGCCAGAUCCACUUCGACACAAGCCAAGUUCGAAUUUUAAAGAACUUGUUUCCCCGAGUUUUCCAGGGAAUCGAUUGCUAUGCACCUAACGAUGCCAUUAGAUGAGGGCGGCUUUCUUCUGUAUAUAAGAGGCCCGGCAAAGCCGUACUGAGUAGUAUUUUACCCUCGUUCUUCCAGAACUCCACA